AUGGUAUGUCCAGGCGCCAAGCUAAAGGCCGCAAGGAGACUGGGCUUCCAGAGGGAAGCUGAGCACACCUGUGAAGUACUCCAACUACAGGCCCAGCAUUUGAUCCGUGAUGUCGAACGCCUUACACUCGAACGAGACGACUACCGCAACCAGAGGGACCAAUGGGAGGAGAUGGCGAACACCGUGAAUACCGAGAAAGAAGAACUGAAGGCGGAUCUGCGAGAACAAGUGGCGGUAACUAGACGGACCCAGGAACAGCUUGCAGCUAUCUCAGAGACUCAUAACUUCCAGGAUGACCUCGACUCUGGCAAACCGGACAGCGUGGAAGACAUGGGCUGUGAUCGGAGCUCAAUCGGGAAAUUGAUUGUGAACCAUUGGAAGGAGCGGGAGGCCUCAAGAACACAGGCCAUGAGGGACAAUGCAGCGAUUGAGGAGCUUAGCGCCCUGGAUAGGCAGCGAGCAUUGUAA